AUGCCACUGCUGGAGGGGGACACGGUGACACUGCGCUGCCGGGGCUGGCAGGACAUGGUUGUCAUCUGGGUGCGAUUCUACCGUGGGGAUGAGGAGGUGAGGGGGACCCUCAGCAGGACCGAGCUGUCCCUGUCCCCUCUGCAGCUGCACCACAGCGGCCGCUACCACUGCAAGGGCCGGGUGAACUCCGGGGUAUCACGGGGGUGGCAGGAGUCAGCACAGGUGACAGUGACAGUGCAGGAGCUCUUCUCGGUGCCAGUGCUGGAGGGUCCCCCUGAAGUCACCAAGGGGUCCCUCCUCAAUCUCAGCUGCCUCAGCACCCCCAGCCCCCUGCGGCCCCGAGCCCCCCUCCUGCACCUCUUCUACCGGGACGGGCAGUUGGUGGGGGGCCCGCAGGGGUCCCCGCAGCUCCUGGUGCCCGCCGUGGGGGUCUCCCACUCGGGGAAUUACAGCUGCCAGGUGUGGUCCGAGGAGGGGGCCGUGCAGAAGAGCAGCGCCCGGCUCGGCGUCACGGUGCGCAGUGAGUGCGGGGAUGGGCACGGGGAGCCCCCGCAGCCCUGCCUGGAGACCGCCAUUCCUGCCCAGACCCCCAUUCCUGCCCGGACCCCCAUCCGUGUCAUGGGUCCCCCCGUCCUUCCUGUGUCUCCCUCCGGCUCCCCCAGCCCAUCGUGGGUGUCCCCUCCCUGA